AUGCCGUCCUUCCAGAAAGGAAUUAUCAGAAACGAAAAAUUCACUCUUGACAACUUCCGUUCGCUCAUGCCCAAGCCCAUACGGUACUAUACGACCUUUAGAAACACUAUUUGGACCGUCCUUCAAGAGAGGGGAUGGGAGCAAGUGUCCAAUGACACAGACGAUUGGAACUUUAUCUGGGCCUCUGUGGAAUGGAUUAGCGAGCGCUUUGAUUACAGCCAUGUUCCUGACACUAAAUUCGUUAAUCACUUUCGCAAUUUCUACAUCCUAACCAGGAAGGAUCUCAUGGCCAAAAAUUUGAAGGCCGCUCGAAGGAACCUUUUAAAGUACAACUUGCAUGAACUUGGUGAUCUUUUUGACUUUGUUCCGGCCAAUUUUAUUCUCCCUAUGGAGUUCGGCAUGAUCACCGAGUUCAAUCGUAAGCAAACUACCAAGCCCUUAUACAUUGUCAAGCCGUCCUGCAGGGCUCAGGGCAAAGGAAUAUUUAUAUGCGGCUACUCCGACCUGUACACUUGGUUCAACACGGAAUUUCAGGCCAAGGCAAAUUCUGGUUCGGACCGUGAGGCACUCUACGUCGUCCAGAAGUAUCUCGACAACCCUCUCGUUGUCUGCGGUCACAAGUUUGAUCUCCGCAUCUACUGCCUGGUGGAAUCAUUUCAACCCCUUGUAGCGUGGAUCUGCCGUGAGGGAUUUGCACGCUUCAGCCUGCGACCAUUCACCGCAAAUGCCGACACGCGGGAUCUAGAGGUUCACUUGACCAACGUUGCUAUUCAGAAGAAUUCUACUAACUAUGACUCUAGGGCCGAUGGAGCCAAGUGGAGCCUCUUUCAACUGGGUUGCUACUUGGAGACCAUCUAUGGAAGAGAACAGAUAGAUAUUAUGUUUCUGCGCAUUGAGCAGCUCAUUAUCCGCUCUCUCCAAGCCGUUGCGAAUGAUAUGAUCAAGUCACUGUGCAUGUUUGAGAUCUAUGGCUUCGAUGUCAUGUUAGACAGUAGCCUGAAGCCCUGGUUGAUAGAAAUAAAUGCAAGCCCAUCACUAUCUGCAGACACCCGCGAAGACUCCAUUGUUAAGCGCAGGAUGCUCCACGAUGCAAUUAGCAUUCUCGGUGUCGAUGUGCCAAAGCCCUCUCCUGACUGCGUUCGAUUUGGAUGCUGGAAUAAGUGUUAUAGUGGCAGGGUGCCGAAGUUCACACAGAUCGGUGAUCCUGCACGCUUUGAGAAGGAAUUGGCGGCCGGAUAUGUGUCCCCCAAACGGGCUUCACUCGGGUGCGCCAGCGAACGAGUUUGGGGGAUGAUGGUAUCUUCCCUGUAG